GGGGCUUUUGGCCCUCCUUGAUUUUGGCAGGCGCUUGUCCUUGUGGAAAGUCGGACUUAUUUGGAAAAGAGGGAGUUGCCAGGCGGAAGAGAGCACUUGGCUUAACAUUACAUUAUCCUACUUGAACUUUAAAAUCCGAAGCUCUCACUGUAAGUUUACUGUAUGCAUGUGUUAAAAGUACAGUAUAACUAGCCUAUCUAAAAACCGAGCUGACAAGACAAGGAAUUUGUUGAAGGGAAGUUAGCCUAUCAGCAUAAUAGCCAUCCCUCAGGAAAACGCUGGAGUGCUGUCAUUGCGUCAGCGCGCUUUCCCCCUCGCAAUUGCUGGGCCUACUUCUGGAGAACUAGAGCGGACAUCACUCGACCUCACAUCACUCUCUAACACGGUCCGUCUCCACCUCUAUCCAGCAUCUGACCUGCAAUUUCUGUGACAGACAGAGGCGUCCUCGGUAUAGCCAGCUGAAGCGUCCCUCCCAGUGUGUUCUUGUGAGGAGGAUGGAGACGAACCCCAUUCCCGUGGUAACGGUCCAAACGAACCCGUUCGAUGACCAGCGGCCCGGUACCAACGGGCUGCGGCGGAAGACGGAGUUGUUCGAGGGCAAGAAGAACUACCUGCAGAACUACAUCCAGAGUUUACUGUCGUCCAUCGACCUGAGGGACCGCCAGGGAUGUACCAUGGUGGUGGGCAGCGACGGACGCUACUUCAGCCGAGCCGCCACCGAGAUUAUUGUGCAGAUGGCCGCCGCCAACGGGAUUGGCCGUCUGGUGAUUGGCCACAACGGCCUCCUGUCCACCCCUGCUGUGUCCUGCAUCAUCAGGAAGAUCAAGGCCAUUGGUGGAAUCAUUCUGACAGCCAGUCACAACUCAGGAGGCCCCGGGGGAGAUUUUGGGGUCAAAUUCAAUGUGGCCAAUGGAGGCCCGUCUCCGGACACAGUGAUGGAGAAGAUUGCCCAGGUGAGCAGGACCCUGGAGGAGUACACCAUCUGUCCUGACCUCCACAUAGACCUGGCCAGACUGGGACGCCACGACUUUGACCUGGAGAACAAGUUCAAACCCUUCAGAGUUGAGAUAGUGGACUCAGUGGAGGUGUACCUCAACCUGCUGAGAACCAUCUUUGACUUCAGCGCCAUCAAGACCCUUCUGACAGGACCUGAACAGCUGAAGAUACGCGUAGACGCCAUGAAUGGAGUGAUGGGUCCGUAUGUGCGGCGUAUCCUGUGUGAUGAGCUGGGUGCUCCUGCCAACGCUGCCGUCAACUGUGUCCCCCUGGAGGACUUUGGGGGCCGGCCUCCAGAGCCCAGCCUCACAUAUGCAGCCCCAUUGGUCGAUGCCAUGAAGGGUGGAGACUUUGGUUUCGGAGCUGCGCUCGAUGCAGACGGGGACCGGUAUAUGAUCCUGGGUGAGAAUGGUUUCUUUGUGAACCCAUCAGACUCCUUGGCUGUCAUGGCUGCCAACCUCUCCUGCAUCCCCUACUUCAGACAGCUGGGGCUAAAGGGCUUCGCUAGGAGUAUGGCAACCAGCACUGCCCUAGACAGGGUGGCCAAAGCCCUGAAGGUGACGCUGUAUGAGACUCCUACAGGCUGGAGGUUCUUUGGGAACCUGAUGGACUCUGGGAGGUGCUCGCUCUGCGGAGAGGAGAGCUUCGGGACAAGUUCAGACCACAUCCGUGAGAAGGAUGGUCUGUGGUCGGUGCUGGUGUGGCUGUCCAUCAUGGCUGUCAGGAAACAGGGUGUGGAGGAAAUCGUCAAGGACCACUGGGCCAAGCUCGGACGCAACUACUUCUGCAGGUUUGACUAUGAAGGCGUGGACCCCAGAGCUGCAUUCUACCUGAUGAGAGACUUGGAGGGGGUGAUCACAGACAAGGCCUUUCUUACCCAGAAGUUUGCUGUGGGGACUAACGUCUACAGUGUGGAGAGGGCUGAUAACUUUGAGUACAUCGACCCUGUGGACGGAACCGUGGUCCGCAACCAGGGUCUGCGAAUUGUCUUCACAGAUGAGUCCCGUCUGGUCUUCCGUCUGAGUGGGAGUGGGGGAGGGGCCGGGGCCACAGUCCGGAUCUACGCAGAGAGCUUCGAGAGAGACCCCGAGAGACAUAACAGAGAAACUCAGGCGGUGCUGGGUCCCCUCAUCGCCAUCGCCCUGAAGAUCUCUGACAUCCACGAGAGGACAGGACACCGCGGCCCCACCGUCAUCACCUGAGCUCUGCUCCACUGCACACACACACACACACACACACACACACACACACACACACACACACACAUACACACACACACACACACACACACACACACACACACACACACACACCACCUGCGUGUUCCCCCCACAAACACACACAAACAUCUAUGGCCAAGUCCCUAAGGCCACACCGUCCUGCUUGUUGCUACACCUGGGGCCAAUAGUAAGCAAGAGCUACAUGUAUUCUCUCUCUCUAUCUCUCUUUCUCUCUCUCUCUCUCUCUCUUUCUCAAAAUGUAAGAUAUUAUGUAGUCUGCAAAGAAAAGAAGCAAACUGUUUCUUUCAGCUGUUGAUAAAUAACAUUUGUUCAUAUAAGGCUUCUGUUAUGAAAGUUGUAUUUUCUGUGUGUGUGUGUGUGUGUGUGUGUGUGUGUGUGUGUGUGUGUGUGUGUGUGUGUGUGUGUGUGUGUGUGUGUGUGUGUGUGCGUGCGUGCGUGCGUGCGUGUGUGCGUGCGUGCGUGCGUGUGUGUGUGAUCAUUAUAAGGUUGACAGACUGAAUUACCGUGAAAUGCUUACUUACAAGCCCUUAACCAACAAUGCAGUUCAAUAAAUAUAUAUAUAUAUAUUUAAGUAACACAAUAAAAUAACAAUAUCGAGGGUAUAACCAGGGGUACCGGUACAGAGUUAAUGUGCUGGGCUACAGGUUAGUCGAGGUGGUAUCUGUUAACAACUUCUUGUUCCAAUGGGGCUACCACCACUUUUAGUUGUUCUGCUCUUCAUUAGACGGCCUGUUUUUGCCAUAGAUGUAUUUCAUUUGUUUUUGUUUUUUAUCCAAAUAAAUGUGUAUCUUUUGUG